ACCGACUCACCGAGAGGGACUACUUAGCUGAUCGCCGCGUCCGCUGAGCCCUCGCCUUGCUGAUAAACCGCUGGCCACGCUCGUAAUUCCCUUACCCGUCCCCCCGGGAGAGAGCACCAAGUCGACCUCGAGUAACUAGUUUAUCCGCGCAGAGUAAUCACCAUGGCAGAUACGGCGCAGAUUCCGCCGGAGAGCUCACCGGCCCCUGGGCCCGACAACAAGCCUGUGGAAGUGAAAUGGUAUCGAUCGGUGCUGUACAAUGCCACCAUCCUCGGGCUGUGUAGCUUCGCCGCCCCGGGCCUAUGGGGAGCCAUGAAUUCUCUCGGUGCCGGCGGCUCCCAGUCGCCCUACCUGGUCAACACCGGCAAUGCGCUGACCUUCUGCCUCAUGGUGGUCUCCUGCUGGCUGACUAGCGGCAUCGUCAAGUACAUCGGCAUCAAGGGAGCGCUCUUCGUGGGGACCAUCGGCUACGCCCCGUACAGCGCAGGGCUCUACCUCAACAACCGGUACGGGGUCCAGUGGCUCGUCAUCGUCGGCGCCGCCCUCUGCGGUAUCUCGGCAGGGAUAUUCUGGGCUGCCGAGGCCGCCAUUGCCAUUGCCUACCCCGAGCCGCGAAACCGCUCGAGGAUGGUGGCGUACUGGCUGACGUACACCCGAGUCGGCCAGAUCUUGGGCGGCGCCGUCAACCUAGGCUUAAAUGUGGAUCGCAAUGAAGCCGGCAAGGUCUCCCACACGGUGUAUCUCAUAUUUAUAGCUCUCCAGGCUAGCGGGACUCUGAUCGCCCUGCUCAUAAAUCGCCCAUCCCAGGUCCAGCGCGCGAACGGCGUUCCGGUCCAACUUAGCACCUUCGAUAACCCCUGGAAGGAGUUCAAGGCUACGACGAGAACGUUUUUCGACAGGAGAUUCCUGCUCAUCGUCCUGUGGAUCGGCCAGGGUGUGUACUCCGAGGCCGUCUUCUUCACGUAUAAUGCGCUCUGGUUCAGCGUGCGCGCCCGGGCUCUGGGCUCCUUCGUAUCCGGGAUCGUCGCGGUCAUCUGCGGAAAUCUCCUCGGCGUGUGGCUAGACCAGAACCAGAUAGCCCUGAGGAAACGGUCGCGAUGGGCAUUUCUAGUCAUCCUGACGCUGCAGGGCGCUUGGUGGCUGUGGCUCACCGUCAACGUCACCGAGUACCAACGGACGCAGCCCACCUUCGACUGGGUCGAUCCCGGUUUCGGGAGAGCCUUCGGGGUCUUCGUCUUCCUCGUCAUCGGAUUCCAGCUUAACUACAACUUCUCCUACUUCAUAAUCGGACAGCUCUCCUCGAGCCCGCAGGAGAUCAUCAGAUUUUCCGCCCUCCUGCGGGGCACCGAGUCGGCCUGGCAGGCAGUCAGCUACGGGUUGAACGCCAUCCCGAUCAUCGCUGCGGUAGGCGGCCCCUAUAUCAACUUUGGCUUGUGGGGGAUCUCGGUCUUUCCCGCGUGGCUAGUCAUCAAGGAAUUCGGUGUCAGCAAAGACGACCUCAGUCUCGAGGGCCAGGCUGAGGAAGUCGGAGGAGAAGAAUCUAGUAAGACUAAGGAAUAAGCCGUGUAAUCAGUCUCUUCAAAGGAAGGGUACGGGAGGCCUGUCAGAGCACGUUUCCCAGGGGAUACACCCAGUACCACGCAUUUCUCGCACCCCGGAAUCUCCAUGUAGAUGCAUAGAUCGAUAGCUAGAAUCGCCGGAUUUCCGCUAGUGAAUAGCCCAAGUUUUUAGUCUAUGAGUAGUUUACAG